AUGCUCGCUGCUACUCUUCUCAGCCUGUCAGCAGUGGCUGUCGCUCUUCCAGCAUCCACCUAUGAUGCCCUCCCAACCGCCGGAACAGUGAUAAACCUAGAUAUCACCGCUUUGAACGAGACCUACACUGUUCAAGAGAACGACACCCUAUCAGCCAUUGCCGCCAAAUACGGCGUGGGAACCUGUGAUCUCGCCCGGCUGAAUAUCCUCGCUGAUCCCAACUUCAUCUAUGCUGGCGAGGUGCUUCGCAUUCCUGCUCAACCGACCUUCCCAGAUGACCUGAGCUGCUUCAGCACCAACAAUACCGAGGCCACCAACACUUGUAUCGAUAGUGGUCCCCACGUAUAUACGAUCAUGCCUGGAGACACCAUUCAGAAGAUCGCCAACGAACGAUUCAACAUCACGGUCGAGUCUGUCAUCAACCAGACCGCUCAAACUGGGUAUAUUGCCGCUCUGAACCCUGGCCCCUAUGAUGUCCUUCAGACGGGUGAGACGGUGAAGAUCCCUAUCUGCGACAAUACUGCCUGUACUAUGACUCAAUUUACCUUGGGCUAUGGUACCCUGCAAGACUUUGCUACUUACUAUGGGGUCGCUGUGGGACAGAUUAUGGCGUUGAAUUUGGGCUAUAACCAUUCAGAAGCUGCGGUUCCUUUGGGAGUACUUUACGAUUGUAGCGCUGUGAAUUAA